AUGCGACGUUUCGAGCGAAUAUACGACGUCGUUGAGCCCGUUGAGGAAUAUCGUCGAGGAGGCUACCAUCCUGUGCACCUUCACGACGUUUUCAAUCAGAGGUACGAGGUUAUCGGAAAGCUGGCCUUUGGCCAAUUUUUCAACAGUAUGGCUUGCACACGAUCAAUUCGACAGGUUGCAUUGAAGAUAUUAAAAGCAGAAGCCUCCGAGAACAACAAAGAGCUUGCUAUACUUCUUCGUUUAUCAGACCCAGGCCUACAUCAUCCUGGUAAAGGGCAUGUCAUUGAGCUGUUGGAUUACUUUGAGCAUCAUGGCCCAAAUGGGACACACCUGUGUCUUGUUCUCCCUGCAAUGGUUUCUGAUGCCGCAGCAAUGACUGUCAAUGGAAGACCGCACCAAGCAGCUGAUAUACGAUCUAUUUCUGAACAAAUCCUGUUGGGUCUUGACUUCCUUCAUACACUAGGCGUCAUCCACUGCGACCUACAACCCGCGAACGUUCUCUUUUCAACUGUUGGAGUUGCGAACAGUGAAAUACGCUUACAGCCUCCAGAGUUCAGUCCUAUUAGGUGGCUAGAAGGAACAACAGCCGAUGAUAGCGCGCCUCAGUAUCUGAUGCCCACACAGAGACGUCGAGGCCAACUGGAUGAUGCAGAUUUCUCCAAGCUCAUGGUUAAAAUCGGUGACCUCGGCGGAGCUGUCUGUGGUCGGCACAGCAAUCAGAAGCCAGUAACACCGACAGCCUUGCGCGCACCUGAGCUAAUCCGCAGAAACACUUGGGAUGCCGGCAUUGAUAUAUGGACAUUGGGCUGCCUGAUAUUUGAGUUAGCAACGAAUGAGCCGCUGUUUCCAUUGGGAACCUUUGGCCUCACGGCAGAAGAGGUUGACCAAGAGCACAUCAACCUCAUUAGCCAGCUACUUGGCGAAAACGACCAUUUGCAUGAGAGUUUCACAAAGUAUCUGAUGGACAGGUUGCCAUCAGACUUUGGUGCUGAGAACAUUCAGCGUCUUGCAUCCUUCCUUUGGUUGAUGCUACGGCCCGACCCUCAGAAGCGAAUUUCGACUACCAAGUUACUCAAUCACCCAUUUCUAAUUGACACAUCCUAG